GGCAGGAUGAGAAAAGGUGCUGGAUUCGAUCUACAUCAUUGUGGCGCAGGUGCUCAUCUUGGUGGCAUGCGUGGAGCUUAGCGAUGUCGCCUCCGUCGUCGAUGUCUACCGCCUCAUCCAGUACGAUCUAUCCGGUGCUCCAAUUGGUUCCCGUCUUGCUGGCCUCAAUCAUCAUGCUGGUGCUACUCCCUUUGCAUAUGGUGCCGAUCUUUCGCGUACAGCCGUCAUCAUGCCCAUUCGCGAACUUAAUCUCACCUUUCUGCGAGGAUGGCACCCGGGUUGAGAUUUAGAAGUAAAAAAAAAGUUAUACAACAAACUCAAAAUAAUGAACAAUUGGGACAACCUUCAACAAUCUCGGAACAAAAUUUGCCAAAUGAGCAAGUUCUUCAACCUCAUCAAGUUUCAGUAGAUGUCAACUCAAAUGAUGUAGCAACCAUUAUUCCGCCUAAAAGGGUGCGUGGCCCGACUAGAGGCUUGGGGCUAGAAAAAUUUAUUAAAGGAAAUAAUAAAAUGGUGAUAGAUAUUCCAAAAGGUAAAGGUAGACCAGUUUCAGAAGUUCAAUCAGCGAAAUUGUCUUCUGAAAUUGGAUUGAUUUCUCGACAAUUUAUCCCAGUUCCAACAAAAUGGAAAGGUAUGACUAAUGAUGAUAAGAAUCAUGCCAUGGAAAGGCUUAAGAGCAAGUUUGAGAUUGACUUUGAUGAUACAUACAUCCAAAGCUCUGUGAUGUCAAUUUUGUCGAAAUUAUCUAGAAACCAACGAUACAAGCUUCAUUUGUACUAUAAAUCACUUCCAAAUGAUCAAGAGGCACGCCAAAAGCCGCCAUCUAAGUUCAACUUGACUCAAGAAAACUGGGAAGCGCUUUGUGAUAUGUUUAGCAAUCCCGAAUACAAGGCAAAGUGUGAAAAAAAUAAAACAUGUCGACAGAAAGUCAAGUUUCCUCAUAAUCAAGGGUCAAAGGCAUUUGUUGCAAGUCGUUAUGCAAUGCGUAAUGAUGAAGAGGAGCCCAAUAGGAUGGAAUUCUUCAAGAGGACGCAUUAUUCAGAGGCUAAAGGAUGGUCAAAUCCUAUGGCUCAAUCAGAUUAUGAGAAAAUGCAAGAAUUGCUAUCAAAGCCUAUUGAAGAAGGAAUGGAACCUAGGACUAUUGACUCCAUAGUAGAUGAAGUGCUUGGAACUAAGGCAGGCUACAUCAAAGGGCUUGGAUAUGGGCCUAAGCCUGAUAAACAAACCACAAGUCCAACAAUUUCCAAAUUAUCGGAAAAGCUUAAGAAGACUAAACGUAAACUUAAGCAACAUAAGUUGAAUUUUGAACUUGUUCGAGAUCACAUGCAAAUAAUGACUCAAGCUAUGGUUGGUUAUGGAAUACAAGUGCCUAUGCCACAAUUUGCAGCUUCAAGUGAACCGAGUUCUCCCUCAAUGGAAUCAUUGUCAUCAGAAGGAUCGGAUUGAAAGCUAUCAAAUAAGUUGCAACAUCUAUCAAUUU